AUGAGAGUCGUAAUAGCCAUGCGAGUAACCACCAAUAAUAACAAGGCCAUCACACUUUCCGUGAUGGCCAUUUGCCAAGGAGUGGAUAGACUCUUAAAGAAGUUCUUCGAGUAUAUGGUAAUGGGAGAUGAGGAUAGGGUGUCUUAUGCCAUAUCAUGCUG